UUUGUGCAGAAAUUAUGACUUGCGAUGUCUUGUUGGACGCUUUUAUCAUCCGGUAUUGUUUUGAAUUGCCCCCAUUUGCGCACGCAUGCGUGUGGGUGCGCGUGUCCCGAAGGGGUGGGCUCGACGAGAAAGUCCGUUAUCCGUCAGAGGACCGGCGCCUCGUCGUCAUGUCACACCGACGGAGAGCCUCCUUGCGUCGGAUUUAAGCGACCCCAGCGAGCGUGCACAUUGAUGUCUCUCCUGUCCGAAUCCGCUUGGAGCCUCUUGUGUUUAGGAUGCAUACUUCUCCUCCUCCUCUCAAUGGCGCGCCGUCCUUCCUUCUCUGCCUCAUCGCGCUCCUCCAUUGCGCUCAACCCGCCGUGCAAGUCGCUCUUGGCCGGGGAGAACACGAUGCAUUGGAGGGUUACGAGAUCACCUACCCCAGAUGGCUGCAUCCUCACAGGCACAGCAGGUCUGCCAAAAGAGAGCAUCCUGCCGAGGCUCAAGUUGUCAUCUCAGCUGAAGGUCAGAAGCUGCAGCUGCGCCUGGAGAAGAAUGAGCAGCUGUUGACCCCUGGGUAUCAGGAAACAUGGUACACUCCGAAUGGAAGUCGCAGGUCCUUCUCCCCUAUCAACGUGAAUCACUGUUUGUACCAUGGAGAGGUUGUGGGUGUAGACGGUUCCAGUGUGGCUGUCAGCACGUGCUCAGGACUCAGGGGACUAAUUUCUCUAAACGCAAGCGUCAGCUACCUCAUCGAGCCCGUCUCCACGGGGACGUCUCAGCACGCAGUUUUCCGAGCUGAAAGUCUCCAUCUACCUCCUAGAAACUGCCUGCAGCGUCAUAGUAACGAGGAGGCACUUGGCACCUUCCUCCAUGGGAUGGCAUCAGCACAGAGGUCAAGGGAACAGAGAGACCUGAGUCAGAAUAUGAAGUAUGUGGAGCUGCUGUUGGUGGCAGACAAGGCUGAGUUUGACAAACACGGGAGGAGUUUCGAGAAGACCAAACUGAAAUUACUGGAAGCCGCCAAUUUAGUCGACAAGUACUACAAAGCUUUGCGCAUCCGUGUGGCGCUGAUCGGUCUGGAGGUGUGGACCAGCCAGGACAUGAUCGACGUGUCCGACAACCCGCACAGCACGCUGGCGGCGUUCCUGUCCUGGAGACGCCGACAACUUCACACGCUCCGCAACGACAACGCUCAGCUCAUCACGGGAAAGUCAUUCCAGGGUACCACCAUCGGGCUGGCACCUCUCAAAGCCAUGUGCUCUGAAUACCAGUCUGGGGGCGUGAACACGGACCACUCGGAGUCAGCUGUUGGCGUUGCUGCCACCAUGGCACAUGAGAUGGGCCAUAACUUCGGCAUGAGUCAUGACAGCACUGGCUGUUGCCAGGCCAAAGCCGAAGAUGGGGGUUGCAUCAUGGCAGCUGCUACAGGGCACCCGUUUCCACGAGUGUUUAACACUUGUAACAUGCGGGAGCUGAAGAGCUACUUGAGCACCGGAGGAGGAAAGUGUCUCUUCAACGAGCCAAACACCAGAGCCAUGUAUGGAGGACAGCGCUGCGGCAAUGGCUACCUGGAGGAUGGGGAGGAAUGUGACUGCGGAGAAGAAGACGAGUGUAGCAGCCCCUGCUGUAACGCAAACAAUUGCACUUUAAAAGCUGGAGCUGAGUGUGCCCACGGUGUCUGCUGUCAUAACUGCAAGCUGAAGAGUCCAGGGGUGCUCUGCCGAGCCUCCUCAGGCCAGUGUGACCUGCCUGAGUACUGCGACGGCAAGGCUGAGUCUUGCCCGGCUAACUUCUACUUGGUGGAUGGCACAUCGUGCGCAGAUGGGAAGGCUUACUGUUAUACUGGCAUGUGCCUCACGCUCGAGCAACAGUGCCGCUCACUCUGGGGACGAGAUGGCCGUCCAGCCCACGACGUGUGUUUUAGGAAGGUCAAUGAAGCCGGCGACAUGUACGGGAACUGCGGCAAAGAUCUGUUUGGGAAAUACAGGAGCUGUAAGGACAGAGAUGCUAAAUGCGGGAAGAUCCAGUGUUUAUCGUCAGCGUCCAAGCCGAUUGAGAGUAAUGCAGUUCGCAUCGAGACCACAGUAACGGUGGGCAACAGGCGGGUGCAGUGCAUGGGAACGCACGUCUACAAGCCCGGGCAGCGGGAUGAGGAGGCGCAGGGCGACACGCUUGACCCAGGCCUCGUCAUGACGGGCACCAAAUGUGGCGAGGACUCGAUUUGCUUCAAUGGCGAAUGCCGGAAUGCUUCUUUCCUCAGAGCUGAUGACUGCCACAGCAAAUGUAAUGGACAUGGGCUGUGUAACAACAACCACAACUGCCACUGUGAGAGCGGCUGGGCCCCUCCUUCGUGUAACCAGCGGGGGCCCGGCGGGAGUCUGGACAGCGGACCUGUCGUCAGUCACAGGAGCCUCCUUCCAGUCGUGCUGGUCCUUCUCCUGCUUUUCUUUGUUCUGUUGGCUAUUGGACUUUGGUGUUGCUAUAAACAUAAACUCCAGCAACUUAAAACGUCGACUCCGCUCCCUGUACCAAGUUGUUCAAUCCCGGUCGAAGCCCAGCCUCUUCAUGCAGAGGGUCACAGCAACCCAACAUUCUUGCUUAAGAAACAAGACUCAGACCAAAAGGCGAAGACCUCGCCACAUCUGAGCCGAGCGUACCCAAGCCGGCCAAGACAUGCUGCCGUGCGUCCUGCCGUGAAGCCCCCACCUGUACCAGCGCACGCCGCUCAACAGAGUGAGCCGACGAUUCUUACCCCGAGACAAUCCUCACUUCAAAGCAACAGUCCCUUUAAAGCUGAGCCGAAGCGAAAGCAGGCUCCUCCGCCGCCUUCGCCUGCACUUUCUCCCUCCGCACCCCGACCGGAGCCACCGACCAGGCCUCCGCCACCUUUUCCCGGCAGCAAAUACCGAUCAACAGGCCAACCUGUCAUCACUGAUGUGCUGCUGAAGGGAAAGUCUGCCCCGGCUCAGUCUGCUGAACUGAAAAAGCCAAGCAGUCCUUCUAGAUUUUGAAGUUAAAAUCUCAGGGAGAUGUUGAGGACCAAUUGGAUCACGUGAGCAUAAUGUGCAUAGAUACUUGACAUCCUGGACCUGCGGAGAACUGCAUUCUGUUUAUGCGGCAGCCAUGUGAAAAUAAAUGUGAACGAUUUCUUAUGUCAGCAGUGUUGUAAUACAUUGGCUGGAGUAUUUAUUCCCAAAGUCAAGAAAAAAAAUGAAAUGAAUGUUUACAUGGUGCCUCUGAAAGAGUGUCGGCUAUAAAUGGAUGUCUUACAUUAAGAAAAUAUGCCGGUGCUGAAAUGGUUAUGCCUCUUUUUCUGUCUGUGAUAUUUGGAUUUGAACUGGACUCAAGGGGAAAGGUCGUACAUCAAACAGAUGAGAUGCAUAUGAUUUCAAUUUUUAAAUUAUUAAUGAGAGCCAUUCUAUAUUUUAUGUGGAUUUUGUUUUUAUACCUUUGUUUCAAAACCUUUGUGCAUACAAUCAAUAUUCGGUACAAUAUUGUCAUUUCUACAUUCUACUGCUAAUGAGAUUUUUUUUUUUGUUGUUUUACCCAAAACCUCAGUCCAAGAUUUUUAUUUGAUUUGUUUUAUUUUUCAUGUCUGUUAACCCCUCUUGAACUGCAGCGUGGUUUAAUUUAAUCAGAUUUGGAAUCUGUGUAAUUGAAGAUUGUAUAUGUUGCUUUUCCUUCAUGUGCAGGAACAUCUCAAUAAAUAAGAAUAGCGUCAAAAGCUUAAUUUACUUAAGUAGUUUAAUUCCAAAAGUGUCUCUCGUACAUGAUACACUACCCCCACUCAAAAAGGAAUAUUUAAUGCAUUAUGUAUAAUUUUAAUCCUUACAGCAUACAGCAAACAAAACCCCCAAUUUCUUCAUCUGUAGAAACUGUAAUAUUAUGCAUUUUUAAUGUGGAAAUUGGGCACAAAUUUGCCCUCUGAAAUGUAUUUUCCCAAGAGUUUAAUAAAGCUGCAUAGUGUAUGAGUACUGAAAUAAAACACCUACCACAUUCUAUUUUAUUGAGAUGUACCUGUAUACAUGUUUGUCAGUGGUAGGCAUUGCAAUGGGGAAGUGUCAAAAUUAAGUUACUAUUAAACGAUUUGGGAACUAAGUAAGAUGGAAUCGGAGCUGCCAUAAUGUGUCCUUUCCGAAGAUCUAUGCAAACUCAGGCACUAUAACAUUGAAUUUCCAACUGGAAGACAUUAAAAAUAUAUAAUAUUUGACA